CUAAUCCACACCAAGAUGAAGCAUUCUUUUGCUGUCGUGGGCCUUCUCCUGGCGCUCUACAGUACCCAGCCCUCUAUGGCAAUUGGGGGACCAUGCGAUCUAAUGUUCGAUUCGGCAAAGGCUAUGUGCGAAUCCGGUUCCAUUAAGAACAACUGUGCAGAGAUUAACCAGGGCAUCGAGGCCUUCACGAAGCUUGUUCAAGCCGCCCAAUCCAAAUUCUGCGCGUUCCCGAGUCCCAUUUGGUUACUCUGCAAGUACUGCAAAGCCUCAGAAUCUGGAUCAUCUCAGUUGGAAAAUGAAAGAAACGGAACAGCUCCGGUUGGAAACGAAAUCGCUCCAGCAGCAGAAACCGUUUCUCCACCCGUCGUUCGCUCUUAUCCCCUUCUUGAACCCAUUAAACUCUACACUCAUGAAGCUUGAGAUCAGCAAUAGGUAGAUUAUGGAACCUCUUUGGAACUCUUUAUAUUUUAUCCACACUAUUCUUAUCCUCGUUUCUUGCACACUGGCAUGCCAAUUAUUCAAAUAUAUUCCCUAGCAAUGCA